GCCCCGCGACGCCGGCGACAGAGGGCCAGGUGCCGCUGCAGCCCGCCCGCUCGGCCCUCUCCCGCCGCCCGCCACAUGCAGGCCGCCGCCGCCCUCCCCGAGGAGAUCCUCUGGCUCCUGGAAGAUACUGAGGAGUUCCUGGGAGAAGUUUUGCAGAAUGAGAACCUCAGUGCUGGUGCAAGGGACAACAGAGACCAUAUUCUACGGGGCUUGCAGCAAAUCAAAGCUAGGUACUUUUGGAAUUUUCAGCCCCAAGGGGGAGACCAAGCUGAAAAUUACCUUGGACAGGACAGCUCCGAUGAUAAUCACAGUGGAACUCAUGGCCCUUCUCUCACAUCAGAUGCACCUUUUUUGUCAGAUUAUCAGGAUGAGGGAAUGGAAGACAUCACAAGAGGAGCUCAAGAGCUUGAUAAUAUCAUCAAGCAAGGAUACUUAGAGAAGAAAAGCAAAGAUCAUAGUUUCUUUGGAUCAGAGUGGCAGAAGCGAUGGUGUGUUGUCAGCAGAGGCCUCUUCUACUACUAUGCUAAUGAGAAAAGCAAGCAGCCCAAAGGGACCUUUCUUAUUAAGGGCUACAGUGUACGGAUGGCUCCCUACCUGCGAAAAGAUGCCAAGAAAGAAUCCUGCUUUGAGCUGACCUCCCAGGAUAGGCGCAGCUAUGAGUUUACAGCUUCUAAUCCAGCUGAGGCCAGAGACUGGGUGGAUCAAAUAAGUUUCUUGUUAAAGGACCUGAGCUCCUUAACCAUUCCAUGUGAAGAGGAGGAGGAAGAGGAGGAAGAAGGGGAGAAAGAGGAAGAGGAAGAGACAUAUGAUGAUAUCGAUGGUUUUGACUCCUCAAAUUCUGAUUCCCAAAGCAGACCCAUUAUCUUGCAUGGGAGUGUGGGGCUCAAAGAGCCCAUGGAGGAGAAAGAAGAAGAUAUUUAUGAAAUCUUACCAGAUGAAGAGCAUGAUCUAGAAGAGGAUGAGAGUGGCACUCAACAAAAAGGAGUGGACUAUGCCAAUUAUUAUCAGGGCCUAUGGGAUUGCCAUGGUGACCAGCCAGCCGAACUGUCCUUCCAACGGGGUGACCUCAUCCGCAUUCUGAGCAAGGAAUAUAACAUGUAUGGCUGGUGGGUUGGAGAACUGAACAGCCUCAUUGGGAUUGUUCCAAAGGAGUAUCUCACCACCGCCUUUGAAGUGGAAGAAAGAUGAAGCCCAGGACACAUAUCCUUCUCUCUACCCUGCCUUUACGAAGAAACUGAUGAUCAAGAGCUCCCGCUCCCUAUCCCAGCCAGCCCACCAACAUCAUGGGCUCUCCCCUGUACAGAAGAGACCCAAGUCUCUGACACCCACCGUGUAGUAACUGUAAACCACCAAUGAGACAAGUGAGAAGAGGCAUCUUCAGCAGACCUGUUACUAAACCUGCCUCCUCAUAGCUGAGCCCAUCUCUAAACAUCUCCACAUACCCACUUCUGCCUUUUCCACAGGCUUGUCACAGAGAAGGUGAGAGAGAGAGAAACCUUUGGAGGAAGAAGUUGCUGGUUGCUUUGGCUGGUUUGAAAAGCACGAAUAAACCUCAGAUUUGGUUCCUU